AAUGGCUCAACCAAAAAUAUUCAUCGUUUUGUUUUUCGUGCUGAUUGUUCGAAAUUGUUCAGGUCAGAAUAGCAGCAUCAUCAACGACAUGAUUGACGAAUCACCAGUUGCACAAAUAACCACGCUCACUAAAUACAAUUGCAAUGAAACCGAAUUCCAUGAUGAAAGCGGUGAAAUAUCGUUUUUAGAUGGAGAUAAAAUCUGUCUACUUAACACAGUGGUGAACAAUUCAUUGGUCGGAUAUUACCACGUUCAAACAUCAUCGGAUAAUGAUUAUAUUAUUUUAACAAUACAAUUUUGUGGUUAUAUCGAUAACAAACUGAUCGUUGUCGAUGAGAAUUCUGGCAAUGUACUAAGCUCGUUUAUUGGCAAAGAAUCAGAUGGCGAAUGUCAACACGAGGAAAUUCAAACUUUUAUCAGUGAUUCGAAUAAGAUACGAAUAGAAUUCACAGCAUUCGAUAAUAAUCAAGCUGAAACGCAUUUCGCUCAAAACAAAAGAAAAGUAAAAUUCGUCGAUGAUGAUGGCCAUCCCUGUAUCAAAUUUUCUGUGACGCAUAAAACGGUUAAAUUCAGAUCAAUGGAAAUUCACGCGGAAAAUGAUGGCAUUUCUCGAUCAAAAAUUGAAAUUGAUCAUUAUGAACCCAAUUCAGUAUGGACACACGUUGUUCCAAAAGCUGAAGAAUCCGAAACCGAAUACAAGAUUGGUGUUCAAUUCGAAAUCGUAUAUCUGGAUCUGGAUUUCGACAAGAAUGAUUAUCUUCUAAUUUGUCCUGGUAUGCAGCCUAAACUUUGGGCUCAUACAAAAUGUCAGAUUAUCACACGGAAAAUUGCAAGCCACAAUAGUGAAGGAAUGAAAUUCUGGAUCAAUGCUGAUUCGGCUUUUCUUAGGGUAGUCACUCACAAUUCAUUGAAAAAAAAUGUCAAAGUAUUGGAAGCAUAUAGUGAAAUUGCAAAUAAAACAAUCAAAAAGUCCAAAAAUAAUGAUAUACCAAAUCGAAUCAAAUUGGCGUCAACACAAUUAUGUUUCGAACAACUAUGUAUCAAUUGGCGAACGACGACAAAAAAAGAGUUUCUCCAGGAAUAUGUUUAUCAUCUGAACAAUUAUCUUGUCGAACAUGAAUCAAACAUUAGUAUGUUGAUCGACACGGAAUCCGUUCUUAUAAUCGAUACAAGAAAUGAGACAAUAUCAUCAUCACGUUAUAAUGUCGUUUGUCGUGUAAGUUUGGCUGUAACAUCGCCAUAUGAUCCAGAAUAUCCAUUAGUUGAUGGUGAUACAUUACAUGAAAUGUAUUUUGGUUCGAAAACAUCAAUCAUGUUUAAUGGGAUUCGAGUGACCGAUUGUUCGUACAUGAACAUUACCAUCCAGGAGAUUAUCAUACCCAUAUUGAUCAUCAUUAUAGUCUUUUCAUUCAUUACAGUUGUGUUUUGGCGGUUACAAACACAAUUGAUCAAAAAUCGAUAUACACCAAUCAAACGGAAAAAUAAUCAAUCAGAGUCAAAGCUAAAUCUUGCCGAGCAGCCGAAUGAAGAUUUUAUGAAUUAUUAAAUUGUAUUGUAAACAAUA